AUGUCUUUGACCAUGACCGGCAAUGAUACCUACCGAGACAUGUUCGGUGAACUGUUGGCUAAUUUGACUUUUGAGGCUUCUUCAAAGGACGGAUGCUCAAUCGUCUUCUCGGCCAUUCUUGGUUACAACAAGGUUCUAUCUGAGGGCGGAGGUUGGUGGGCUCCCUCCCCAUAUCGGGAUCUUUCAUCAGAUAUGAAAACACAAGAUGCAAGUGUUGAGACUUGCGCCGGCCGCAGCAUGGCCCUCGUUGGUACAGCUCUGGAUAUGGUGGUCGGUGAUCCGUAUACUGCCAAGACCCCACGAUUCGAUGCGGAACUACUGCUUUGUUCAAGCAAAUACUUCUCAUCCAAGGUAGAUGCAACAGUGGCGAUCAACCAAACGUCCGUGACGGUCAUGUUUGACGUAGACGACUACUACCGCACUCGCAGACCACUUUCCGAAGAAGCUCUCAAUCUGUCUUCAAUAGAGCAAGCGUUCUUUGCCUCUGGAUGGUCGGAAAAAUUUGGGCGUAACCCUGGUUCACUUUACAACAACGCUGACGGACCUUGGUAUGGCGGCCCUCUCUCAGCCAUCGCUGCUGGCCAUCGCUACAACGAAGAUCCUCGCAAACUACAGAACCUGACAAGCCUGCUACCUGACAUGAAAGCGAUGUUCCAACAAUCUUUUGGAGAAAAGUUACUGGAAAGUUGGACGCAAAGCGUAGACCGAGAGUUUGCCAUGCCAGAUGCGAAAGUGACUGUUAAAAAAGCUAGGAUCAUAGCUAGUGAAGAUGUUGGCUUCCCACUUGCCGUCUUGCUGCUCUGCUCCGGACUUCUGAUCUCGGGAGUCGCGUAUCUAACACGUCUUGAGCAAAGGCCCCUGAAUCUAAGCCAAGAACCCGGGAAGAUUGAGUCUACUGCUGCCUUGAUUUUAGGAGAUCCUGUUCUGAGGGAGUUGUUAUGCAAUUCAGAUAAGCUAUCGCAAGAAACCUUGUCGUCCGGGUUAAAAGGUUGCGUGCUCGGCGUUACCAGAGGCCAGAUCUUUGUCAUGAGUAAUUCAGACAAAAGGCUAAUCGAGGCUGAACAGCUUCCGGCAAUUCAUGACGCACGACCGGCAGUCGUUAGACUACCAGUCGGUGCGUUGUUGACGUCUUUCCUGUUCUCCCUUCUUGCAGGUCUUGCAGUGCUGUACCGUCUCUCUUCCAGUACGGGUUUCUAUCAGACGUCUGUUGCCUAUCAACUACAGCUGCACAUAGCGCAAACGACCGCGACUCUUGCACCUUAUACAAUCGUUCCAACCUUUUUGGCUAUCGGCGCUAAGCUAUGGUUCGCGAUGGUCACAGAUUCUGUGCAAAAAUACCAGCCUUUUGUCGCGAUGAUGGGAAGACCGGCAAAACUUUCCGAAUCUAUAUCGGUUGAGUACCAUAAUACACCUAUUGCAUUGGUCUCUCUCAAGGCUUUGAAAUCUUCGCACUGGUUGCUUGCACUUUUAGGUGUCGGAGCUUUUGCGAGUGAAGCUUUUACGGUUAGCAUGUCUGCUCUUUGGUACAGAGAACUGAGAGAUACCAGCCGUGUGGCUGAUCUGUCCCGUGGCCUGAAGAUUCGGACCGCUCCAAGCGAGUCAGGUAUGAGCGGAAGGAAUCAUACCCUUCUAAGCUCGAAUGAUACUCGGGGUCUUUUCAUACCUAAGCUUUACGAUGUUUCUCUGCAGAACUGGCUUUACAGUGCGACUACUGAGAUCACGCAACAUGGAGUCACCCCAGCAUGGAGCAAAGACACCUGGAGUUUUCUUCCCCUAGAUCUGUCCGGCAUCGACAAUGACAUUCGAUAUGCUAGAGGUGCAUUGAACAACAACACGCAAAUCCGUAACCUGACACUUCAAACGACAGGAUUGAAGGCCUCUCUGGAUUGCCAUUCCCUGAACUACACGUCUGACCCGCCUUUGUGGCUUACAGAGCUCGACUUCUUGCACAGCCCGAUAAGCAAUGGUGUCUCCUUGUGGAAUGAUACCAACCGUCCAUUGAUACUGGAUCUUGGCUAUACAUUGAAGAAUUUCUCCAGUGCUACACUUGAUCUGCAAUCGAUAAAUUGUUGCGCUAACGACUCAAUGGGAAAGAUUGGUGACGCUGUCGUUGGAUAUUGGUCGAACGCUUAUGGAUCGGAGCUAACAUCCACCUGGAUUCACGGUCGUCCAAUUCAAGGUCUCUACACACCAAAUGGUGACUCACAACAAGAGUUAUUUGUAUGGCAACAGGCACCACAGAUGAGCGCUGUCAGCUGUAAGCCGCGGAUUGAGGCAGCGAAGUCACUCGUCACAAUCGACAUGGAGACCGGUGUUGUGUACGACUACGAGAUAAUCGGCACGUUGCGCAAUGUAAGUGAAGCUUGGUCGUGGCCUUACAGUCAGAAGAAUAUCACUAGUGACACAACCACGUGGGAUGAUGACGGAACAUAUCCCUCUUUCGAGGACGCGGUGCGAGUGAAUGCCAGCUGGGGCUAUCUAUUCUGGGACGCUGUCAUCAACUCCGGUCAACAAGGAGCUUGGUUCCGAUUCCAAGAUCCUGGGCUCAACGUCGAUCUCAUAUCUUACUCCAUGUUGCAUCUUGCCAACGACAGCCGAGAAGCACUACUCGAUCCUGAAAUACUUGCGGAACAUGCCAGUACGACAUUUGGCAUCUUCUUCAAGCACUUUGCAAACUGGAACAUCACUUGGGACGCUGAUUGGACGGGAUAUGUAUACGAGAAGGACAUUCCGUCUAAGAUCGACGUCACAAUCAGUGUACCAACCGACCAAUUGCUCAUGUCACCAGUCGCAGUCAUUAUGAGUAUGUCGAUCCUGGUCUUCUUGAUUUUUGUCACCAUCAUCAUGUUCACCACGAAUCGCCACAAGUACAAAGCGAUUCCUAGGGAUGUCAACACGUUAGCCAGCAUACUCGGCUAG